AUGCUAACAAAUUCGUGCUUCCCUUUUUCAUGCGAUGUUCCAUUCGUUUUGGCUGGCGCGGACUGCGCGAAGCGCACCUUGACUUCAAUUGGAUGUCCUGUGUGGGACUGGUUGAGGAUGCAGCCGUGCCCAGUAGUUUGUUGGAACUUGCGCAGUGAUUCCAACUUUCAAUCUUCAGCUGGCCAGUUCGGUUCUUGUGCAUGCCAGGCAUUCCUCUCCAUACUGUUUGUGUGGUUCAUGUGCGACUUUCUUCAUCACCUACCCCCACUUUUAGACGAGGGGAUGUUUGCGGCGGAGGCCAUUUUCACUCGGCCAAGCUCAGUUUAUGCAGAUCUCCUGGCAGUUGUCGGGUAG